AUGUCGACUCCGGCUAGAAGACGAUUGAUGCGGGACUUCAGGCGGCUCCAGAACGACCCUCCGUCUGGUGUCACGGGGGCGCCGAUGGACAAUAACAUCCUGGCGUGGCAGAUGCCGCGGCAGAAGUAUUGCAGCACUUUCUCGAACGCAUGGUUGAAAUCACCGGCUUGAAAUCCCGGGUACCUGCCGGAUUUGGUCCGUACAAUCCUAAAAGUCGAGGUGUAUUUCAAGUGCUGGUGUGAGUCGCCGCCGUCGGAUACCGAUUGUGCGUCAAUAAUGUUGCAACUCGACGCAUGCAUACAGUAGGAAGAAACAUGGGUAUCGUUUUCUGAAAUUAUUCCAUCGACAAAGGAUGCCGAGUGAAAAUGGAGACUGCUGAUUGGCGGGCGCCGAGUUAUGUCAGUCCAGCUGUCUCUUUUGCUUUUUUCUUUGCUUCUACUACAAAAAAUCAAAGAACCCACAUCUCUUGUUGGCAUUUUCCCGCAUGUUUCGUGCCUUGUCCAAAAGGUACCACAUUUUUCCUUCUUCCAAAUGUGACGACAGAAAUGUCUGUGCCCGUUGCGCAUUCUUUGUCUUUUCUUGAAAUACUUGCAAUUCAACCUGAACACAACUAAUCCGUCUCCCGUAGAUACGGGUCUUGUUUUUUUUUUUUUUCAUAUUUUUCCCCGGUUGCUCAGAAUAUUCUGUUGGUGUGCGUGGCUGCUUUGAAGGUUUCCCCCGGUUGGCUAAGACAACAGGCACAUGGUCAACAGAAGAAUACCAACCGUCCUACAACAUGCACACGCACCCAAACGAAUUGGCUGCUGGCCGUCACC